CAGACACAAAGCCUUCCCUCUCCUCCUCCUCCUCCUCCUCCUCUCCUCCUCCUCUUCCUCCCGGGCGGGGAAACCCAGCCCCGCGCUCGCCCGCGGGGCCACUGGUCGCCCCCGCCUCCGGGACCUGCGGGGAGGGCCAGCUCGAGAUGGAGACCGGCGAUCCGGACUUCUGAGUGUCUACCAGGAAAAUUGCGCAUGCAAGUCCUGCAGAAUGCUACAGAAGUCGGGCUGACCCAGAGCCGGGCAGCCGGAGAGAUGCUGGCGUGACCGGGGUCCCCGGCGUGCAGCGGAGCCUCGCUGGGGGAGAUGUCAGCUCCAACCAUGGGCGCCCGCGGUCUGGACAAGCGAGGAAGUUUCUUUAAGCUUAUUGACACAAUCGCCUCGGAGAUCGGAGAACUGAAACAGGAGAUGGUGCAGACCGAUGUCAGCCUGGGAGAUGGCCUGGAACCUGCGGAGGCCCACAGCAUGGUAAGACACAAGGAUGAUGGCUACCCCGAGGAAAAGGCCAUGAAGACCUGUCCCCGGGACUCUGGCUAUGACAGCCUCUCCAACAGGCUCAGCAUCCUCGACCGGCUUCUCCACACCCACCCCAUCUGGUUGCAGCUGAGUCUGAGUGAGGAGGAGGCGGCAGGCGUCCUGCAGUCCCAGCCUCCGGGGAUCUUCCUGGUCCGCAAAUCCACCAAGAUGCAGAAGAAAGUCCUUUCCCUCCGCCUGCCCUGCGAAUUCGGAGCUCCCUUCAAGGAGUUCGCCAUAAAGGAAAGCACGUACACCUUUUCCCUGGAAGGCUCAGGAAUCAGUUUUGCAGAUUUAUUCCGGCUCAUUGCCUUCUACUGCAUCAGCAGGGACGUCCUGCCGUUCACCUUGAAGUUGCCUUAUGCCAUUGCCACGGCCAAGACUGAGGCUCAACUUGAAGAGCUAGCCCAGCUGGGACUGAAUUUCUGGAGCUCUCCAGCUGACAACAAACCCCCAAACCCUCCACCUCCCCAUAGGCCUGCCUCUUCCGACGGUGGCUGCCCGCGUCAGCUCUGCCUUAUAAAUGGAGUACAUUCUAUAAAAACCAGGACGCCUUCGGAGCUGGAGUGCAGCCAGACCAACGGAGCCUUGUGUUUUAUUAAUCCCCUGUUCUUGAAAGUGCACAGCCAGGACCUCAGCGGAGGCCUGAAGCGGCCGAGCACAAGGACUCCCAACGCCAAUGGCACGGAGCGGUCUCGGUCCCCCCCGCCCAGGCCCCCGCCACCCACUAUUAAUAGUGUCCACACAAGCCCUCGCCUGUCCAGGACUGCAACCCAGCCGAGCAUGCCAGAAACAGUCAACCAUAACAAACAUGGGAACGUAGCUCCGCCUGGAACGAAACCAACUCCCAUCCCUCCACCCCGGCUAAAGAAGCAGGCUUCUUUUUUGGAAGCAGAGGGUAGCGCAAAGAGCCCGAGCGGCGGGCAGCCCGGCCCCGGCGGCAGCCCCGAGCUGGAGCUGCUGCACACAGCUGGCAGCCCAGGUGGCGCCCCGCCUGCAGACGCCCCGGGGGAUUGCACAAGGGCCCAGCCUCCCAGCUCUGAAUCACGGCCCCCGUGCCAUGGAGGCAGGCAGAGGCUGAGCGACAUGAGCAUUUCCACUUCCUCCUCUGACUCGCUGGAGUUCGACCGGAGCAUGCCGCUGUUCGGCUACGAGGCGGACACCAACAGCAGCCUGGAGGACUAUGAAGGGGAGAGUGACCAGGAGACCAUGGCGCCCCCGAUCAAGUCCAAAAAGAAGAGGAACAGCUCCUUCGUGCUGCCCAAGCUUGUCAAGUCCCAGCUGCGGAAGAUGAGUGGGGUCUUCAGCUCCUUCCUGACCCCGGAGAAGCGGAUGGUGCGCCGGAUCGCCGAGCUGUCCCGGGACAAGUGCACCUACUUCGGGUGCCUGGUACAGGACUAUGUGAGCUUCCUGCAGGAAAACAAGGAGUGCCACGUGUCCAGCACGGACCUGCUGCAGACCAUCCGGCAGUUCAUGACACAGGUCAAGAACUAUCUGUCCCAGAGCUCCGAGCUGGAUCCCCCCAUCGAGUCCCUCAUCCCCGAAGACCAAAUAGAUGUGGUGUUGGAGAAAGCCAUGCACAAGUGCAUCUUGAAGCCCCUGAAGGGACACGUGGAAGCCAUGCUCAAGGACUUCCACACGGCCGACGGCUCCUGGAAACAGCUCAAGGAGAACCUGCAGCUCGUGCGGCAGAGGAAUCCGCAGGAGCUGGGUGUCUUUGCUCCGACCCCUGACUUUGUGGACGUGGAGAAAAUCAAGGUCAAGUUCAUGACCAUGCAGAAGAUGUACUCCCCGGAGAAGAAGGUCAUGCUCCUGCUGCGGGUGUGCAAGCUCAUUUACACUGUCAUGGAGAACAACUCAGGGAGGAUGUACGGCGCCGAUGACUUCUUGCCGGUCCUGACCUACGUCAUCGCUCAGUGUGACAUGCUGGAGCUGGACACUGAGAUCGAGUACAUGAUGGAGCUGCUGGACCCCUCGCUGUUGCAUGGAGAAGGAGGCUAUUACUUGACGAGCGCCUACGGAGCUCUCUCUCUGAUCAAGAAUUUCCAAGAGGAGCAGGCAGCACGGCUGCUCAGCUCAGAGACCAGGGACACGCUGCGGCAGUGGCACAAGCGGAGAACCACCAACCGGACCAUCCCAUCGGUGGACGACUUCCAGAAUUACCUCCGGGUCGCAUUCCAGGAAGUCAACAGUGGCUGCACGGGCAAGACCCUCCUCGUGAGACCGUACAUCACCACCGAGGAUGUGUGUCAGCUCUGUGCAGAGAAGUUCAAGGUGGUGGACCCCGAGGAGUACAGCCUGUUCCUCUUUGUGGAUGAGACGUGGCAGCAGCUGGCAGAGGACACCUACCCUCAGAAAAUCAAGGCCGAGCUGCACAGCCGGCCCCAGCCCCACAUCUUCCACUUUGUCUACAAGCGCAUCAAGAGCGACCCUUACGGCGUGAAGUUCCACAAUGGGGAGGAAGACCUCACCUCCUCCUAGGAGGCACGCGAGACAGCCCAUUGGUGCAUCAUAGGGGGUGGGGGUGCUGGGAGCAUGGCCUUCUGGCUUCCCCGUUCUUGAACUUGAAAAGCAGUCACCUCCUCGGGGACCCAUCGGCCCAGUGAUUAAACCAUCCGCAGCUGACACUGCUCAUGCAGCGUGGCUGAGGGGCAUGAAACAGUAGGAUUCUCCUUCCACGGUGAGAAUCACCUUUAGUGGUACAGGUGUCCCGAGAUGGUCUGAUACCUAACCCCAGCCAGGUUCUAGGCUGGCUUCCAUGUUUGUCUAUGUGCUGAAUAAAAUGUAAGGCCCACGCUCUGCCCUUGACCUCAACAGCAGGUGCUUGACAAGACUGCACCAUGCAGUGUAUCAGGCACUUUUCUCAGUUCUGUGGAUGGCUCCAUCCUUGCCUUCUUUUUUUUUUUUUUUUUUAUAAAGAGUCCUUGUGUUUUUAUAUAUUUCAUAGAAAUUUUUAUAGCAGUUGCAGGUAAACUGUCAGGAUUGGUUUUUAAAAUAUUUUUGUAACUUUAAAAUAUUCUAUAAUUAUGCAUGUGAUUUUAACAUUUAAUAUCACAAAAAAAUCUCUUGCUGGAUUUGAGAGAAUUGCAUUUUAGAAGUCUCUCUUCUGUAACUGGAGGUCUGGGCAGCUUUGUGGCGAGACACCGUAGGAUUUCUUCAAGUGACGACGUAUUCCUGACACUGGCCACAGCAUGCCUUGGGACAUCUGCUAUACUGUUACCUUGUUCGUGUUGCGUGGUGUUGUGCUGUUUUGUUUGCUAGGCACGUGAUGCUGAGAAUCAAGAGAGAGAUGAAUGUCGAGGGAGGUGGAGAGGGAACUAUGGACUCUCACAGAGGAGUGAGGGGUACAGUCUGCUGGUUCAGGCUCUUUGAAAGACUUAGAAAAAGAAAAAGGAAGGAUCCCGCCCCCCCCCCCCCAACCUGUGCUUACAAUAAUGUAAAUAUGCAAUGCCGCUUGGCACAACCGAUUCCACAUGUUAUCUGCUUUUGGAAACUUUUGAAAACUACACACACACACACACACACACAAAAUCAGGGAUAACACUCCCCCUUCCCUCCAUUUCCAUAGAAAAUUGAAACUGACAGCAUCAAAUUACUUGGGGGCAGAAACCAAGUGUAAUGUAGAAUACGGCUUUUGUUGAGUUCACCAAGAUACCGUUGGCAAAGGGUUUGAAAAUGCACCCAAACUACACCCUGUAGGAAUGCACAGAGAAGUCAGAUUGAUGUCUGCUCAAACCAGUUCACAGGUGCACGCCUGAAGGGACUUGUAUCAGUGCAACACAGGUAGUCACAGAGACACGUCCUUGUACCGCAUGAAGACGCGGGCUCGUCCGCUUGGUUGGCGUUGUACCUGCACCUUUUGUUAGCCUUGGCUUUUCUUGUGCUAGAACCCUCAGCACGUACCGUGUUGUACUUCCUUUUGUAAAUGAUUUUUAAAAAUGGGAUUUUGCACAUAAUACAUUGUAAUACUGUACGAUAAUCCUGUGUGAAAAUAAUUUUUGAAAUAUUC